GAUGCCUCCAUAACAUCAACCGCCACGUUUGCAGUUUGAACGCCAACUGAGUCGGCAUGCAACUAACCCACUUCUGCUACCUCCUUCUAUCCAGGAAACUCCUAAACUCUUCAUGAUUGCUAAAAUCCGAACCGCCUGCUUGGACCAAUGUUUUGUUGUAGCCUGGAGAUUGUCACACUUGCUGUCUUUGAACGAGGAAAUCAAAUUACUUUUCUCUGUUUGAUGUUUUGACUGACGAUUUCAGACGAGGGGAGAGUAUGUAUUGCUGCCGCUGCAUGAGGGACUGCUACCAUACAUUCUCUCUCUAUUCCUCUCUUCCAUUCUCUCUCUCUCUCUCUCGCUCUCUAUUCAACUCUUCCAUUCUCUCUCUCUCUUUCUCUCUCUCUCUCGUUCUCGCUCUCUAUUCAACUCUUCCAUUUCCUCUCUCCCUUGUUGGCUGUUUUUCCUUCACUCUAGUCCAACUCAUCCCAAACCAUCUCAAUUGGGUUGAGGUCGGGUGAUUUGUGAAGGCCAGGUCAUCUGAUACAGGACUCCAUCACUCUCCUUCUUGGUCAAAUAGCCCUUACACAGCCUGGAGGUGUGUUGGGUCAUUGUCCUGUUGAAAAACAAAUGAUAGUCCCACUAAGCGCAAACCCGUAGGAUAAUGUAUUGCUGCAGAAUGCUGUGGUAGACAUGCUGGUUAAGUGUGCCUUGAAUUCUAAAUAAAUCACAGAUCGUGUCACCAGCAAAGCAACCCCACACCACCUCCUCCAUGCUUCACGGUGGGAACCACACAUGCGGAGAUCAUACAGUGCCUUGCGAAAGUAUUCGGCCCCCUUGAACUUUGCGACCUUUUGCCACAUUUCAGGCUUCAAACAUAAAGAUAUAAAACUGUAUUUUUUGUGAAGAAUCAACAAGUGGGACACAAUCAUGAAGUGGAACGACAUUUAUUGGAUAUUUCAAACUUUUUUAACAAAUCAAAAACUGAAAAAAUUGGGGUCAUUUGUUUGUGUAAAUAAGAAUAGAAUAUGUUUCUGAACACUUCUACAUUCAUGUGUAUUCUACCAGGAUUACAGAUAGUCCUGAAUGAAUCGUGAAUAAUGAUGAAUGAGAAAGUUACAGACGCACAUAGAUCAUACCCCCAAGACAUUCUAACCUCUCAUCAUUUCAAUAACAGGGGAGGUUCUCUUUGGGGGGUAUGAUAUUUAUGCCUCUAACUUUCUCACUCACCAUUAUUGACAAUUUAUUCAGGAUUAUCCGAAAUCGUGGUAGCAUCCACAAUAAUGUAGAUGUGUUUAGAAACAUAUUAUAUUCUUAUUUACAAUAAAAAAUUGCUCCAAAAUGACACACUACUUUAUUUUCUAUUGACUACGAAAUAAUGUGAAACACAACCAAAACAAACCAAAUCCAACUUGUUUCUAGAUGCACAAGCUUGAUGUAAUCAUUGUGUGCUAUGAAUAUUGGACCAAAUACUACAGGCUUUACUACUUUAAAACACAUGUAAGUGAAUUUGUUCCAAUAUUUUUGGUUCCCUAAAAUGGGGGGACUGUGUACAAAUUGUGCUGUAAUUUCUAAACAGUUCAUGGAUAUGGAUGAAAGUCCGCGCUUUAAAUAUAAAGUUGAAGUGCAGACUGUCAACUUAAGUCAUUGUAUAAAAUCCAAAGUCCUGGAGUACUGAGCCAAAACAACAAAAAAUGUGUCACUAUCCCAAUACUUUUGGAGCUCACUGUAGUGCACUGCUUUUGGCCAGGAAAUAGGCUGUGAUUAAGGACAUGACCUAACCAUGUUGACCAUUGACCCCAGACCAUAGCCUGGAGUCUGCGCUGACGGAGGAGUACUGUAAGAACCACUUCCUGGUGGGUCUGCUGCUGAGGGAGGUGGCCGAGGCCCUGCAGGGGUCACCAGAGGUCAGACAGAUAGCAGUGGCCGUGCUGAAGAACCUGCUUAUCAAACACGCCAUGGAUGACUGUUACACCCAGAACAAGAACCAGCACCACCAUCUGUCUGCUGUGCCUUCCACUGCUUGAGCUGCUCUACCAGAACCUCAAGCAGCUGUCUGCCCAGCGGCACACCACCAGCCCUGGCCUGGGCUUCACCGGUUCCAGAGAUGACUUGAGAUCAACCAGCUCGAUGGACAGCCGCAGGACCAGCACGGCCAUCGAUAAAGACCACGGUCAGUGGGACAUCUGUCCUCAAAGUGUUAACCCCUCAUCGCUGUGUGUUUGCCUGUACGGUAGAGCAGGAGGCUGGUGAGGGGAGGACGUGUGGAAUGGAGUCCAGGAAAUGAGAAUGGCCACCCGGUAAGGAGGGAGGACUCCAGAGGAUCUCUGUUCAUAGACCCUGGCACUCCAGACAGCUUUUAGACACACUGCUGGCCUACUGGAACAAGGUCAACCCUCAGGACAUCAUCAACUUCCUCAGUCUACUGGAGACAUGCUUGGUGCAGUUCCACUAUGUUGGAAAGAGGAACAUUGGGAGGGCCGUGUGACUCUGUGUGCGGCUCUGUGCAAUGAGGUUCUGAAGUGCUGUGUGUCUAAGAUGGGUCUGCUGCGGGCCGAGGCCUCCGCUCUACUCUACCUGCUGAUGAGGAACAACUACGAUUACACCAAGAGGAAGACCUUCCUAUGCACUCACCUGCAGGAAAACCCUGACAGAAUCACCCACCAACCAAGGACCAAGCGGCGUGGUAACGGGCAACGGCAAAAGCAGCAGCAGGAGAAGGAACAGAGGCAGCAGCAACAGGAGCAGCAGCAGCAGCAGUGGGAGAUGCUGCACUCUUUGAAUAAAUGGACUUGGAGGGAGAUCCUUGACGGAAAAGGACCCUGGGCAGAGCCAUGGAUGGAAUUGGAGCUGUCGGCGAAGCAGAGUGCUGAGUCUGAGAGUGCUGAGUCUGAGAGUGUGGAGGAUGUAUUGGACAGAGUAGAAAGAAAGCUGUUGGUUUGGCAUAGUAUGCACGGCAUACCAGUGCCAGCACCACGCAUCAGGCCUACAGUGCGUCCCGCCUGUCCAGCGCUGCCGGAGCCUUCCUCCUCUCCAGCGCAGCCAGAGUCUCCCGCCUGUCCGGCGCUGUCAGAGCUACCGCCCCUCAUGCCAGAGGCGCCAGAGGCCCUCAUUCCAGAGGCACCAGUGCUCCUCAGUCCAGCGCUGCCAGAGCCUUUUUCUCCAGUCUGCCCAGCGCCGUCUGAGCUACCAGUCUGCCCAGCGCCGCCAGUGCCGCCAGUCUGCCCAGCGCCGCCAGUGCCGCCAGUCUGCCCAGCGCCGUCUGAGCUACCCGUCUGCCCAGCGCCGUCUGAGCUACCCGUCUGCCCAGCGCCGUCUGAGCUACCCGUCUGCCCAGCGCCGUCUGAGCUACCCGUCUGCCCAGCGCCGUCUGAGCUACCCGUCUGCCCAGCGCCGUCUGAGCUACCCGUCUGCCCAGCGCCGUCUGAGCUACCCGUCUGCCCAGCGCCGCCAGUGCCGCCAGUCUGCCCAGCGCCGCCAGUGCCGCCAGUCUGCCCAGUGCCGCCAGUCUGCCCAGCGCCGCCAGUGCCGCCAGUCGGCCAGGAUCCGCCAGUCGGCCAGGAUCCGCCAGUCGGCCAGGAUCCGCCAGGAUCCGCCAGUCGGCCAGGAUCCGCCAGUCGGCCAGGAUCCGCCAGUCGGCCAGGAUCCGCCAGUCGGCCAGGAUCCGCCAGUCGGCCAGGAUCAGCCAGGAUCCGCCAUUCAGCCAGAAGUGCCAGUCAGCCAGGAUCUGCCAGAUCCGCUAGUCAGCCAGGAUCUGCCAGUCAGCCAGGAUCUGCCAGUCAGCCAGGAUCUGCCGGAACCACCAGCCAGCCAGGAUCUGGUAGAUCCAUCAACCUACCGGAGCUUCCUCUCACUCCUGAGCUUCCUCUCACUCCUGAGCUUCCUCUCACUCCCGAGCAUCCUCUCGGUCCCGAGCAUCCCCUCGGUCCCGAGCUUCCCCUCGGUCCCGAACUUCCCCUCGGUCCCGAGCUACCUCAGUCCAGUGGGGCCCAUUGUUAGGUUUCCUAGGCCAAGGUUAGCGGCGAGGGUCGCCACUCAAGGGACACUAAGGAGGUGGACUAAGACAAUUAUGGAGUGAGGUCCACGUCCAGCGCCAGAGCCGCCACCGCGGAGAGAUGCCCACCCAGACCCUCCCCUAUAGGUUUAGGUUGUGCGUUCGGAGUCCGCACCUUGGGGGGUUCUGUCACGUUCUGUCCAUCGUUCGUAUGUGUUUUCCUUGUUUUAGUGUUGGUCAGGACGUGAGCUGGGUGGGCAUUCUAUGUUGUGUGUCUGGUUUGUCUAUUUCUAUGUUUGGCCUGAUAUGGUUCUCAAUCAGAGACAGGUGUUUGUCAUUGUCUCUGAUUGGGAACCAUAUUUAGGUAGCCUGUUUUGUGUUGGGUUUUGUGGGUGAUUGUUCCUGUCUCUGUGUUUUGCACCAGAUAGGGCUGUUUUUGGUUUUCCAAGUUUAUUGUUUUUGUAGUGUUCAUGUUUAUCCGUGUUUAUUAAACAUGAGUCAAUAUAACCA